AAUGAAAGUAAUGUUGCAAGAGCAAUAAAAUAAGUUUGAUCCAAAUUUUGAUCUAUAUGAAUUAGAAAACGAGGCUAAGGUUAUCCUUGAAUAGAUCUAUAAUCUUUACUUAGUAGGAGAUUUAGAAUCUCUUUAAAAAGUUUGUCGUGAAGCUGCUAUAGGAUAUUUUAAAGUCUUUCUAAAAAAAUUAGAAGCUGAAGUUUUUCAGUUUGAUAUUCUAAUUUAGAAAUCAGAACCUAAUCAUAAAUAAUUAUGGAAUGUAGAUGAAAUUAGAUUUACUAGGGCAAGUAUACCAGAUUCUGUAAAAUUACCAGCCCUUAUUUUUACAAUAUUAGUAGAUAUUAUUUUAUUUAUUUAUAAAAAUAGACUAAUAGAUCUAAAAUAAUAGAUGGAGAUGAUGAGAGAAUCAUAUUCAUGGAUUACUAAUUUGCUUUAACUCCACAUCUAAAUCCUGAAUUUGGGCAUACAAUAAAAUAUAAUUAUUUUAAUUAAGAAAAGCUAACAAUAUGAAUGGUUUAGAUUAUUAUUUUAUGUGAUUAAAUUUUAAAUGAAAUUUAAUCAGGUUUAUAGGCUAUAAUUUAUAACAGGAAAGAAGGAACAAAAAUUAAUUUCGAAUAAUUGUAAAAUGAAGAAAAAAAAUUAGAAAGCUUUGUUGAAUAAAUUUAUUUAAAUUUAGAUAAUCCUCCUAUUCAAUAAUAAAUUAAAUAUUUAAUUAUUUGAAUAGGAAGAUGAAACUCUUGGAUUUCCUAAAAUCAUUGAAAUUAUGGAAUGUAAUAAUUGGAUUUAUGAGACCAAAAUUAUAGGAAAAGAAAGAAAAACCAAAUGCUAUAUUUGAUUGUUGCAGAAGUAAAUCUAUUUGCGAAUUUGAUGUUUCUAUGAUAGCUUUACACUUUGGUCAUUAAGUAUUUAAAGUUUCUUCUUUUUUUUAACUAAUUUAUGGUUUAUUAUGAAAUGAAUAAGUG